AAGGCCCGCCAUGUUUCUAUGAUUGCCAUUGCUGGUACAAUCGGCACCGGUCUGUUCUUGGGUUCGGGUGCUGCGCUGGCCAAUGGAGGCCCUGUGGGCUUCUUCUUGGGUUAUACCAUUGUUGGCUGUCUGGUUGGUAUGAUGAUGUACUGCCUGGGUGAGAUGACCGUCUUCGCUCCUAAUAUCGGCGGUUUCAUCGAGAUGGGCAACAAGUAUAUUUCACCAGAGAUGGGAUUCGCCAUGGGUAUCAACUACGUCCUCCUGACGGGUUUCACUGUUCCCACGGAAAUCACAGCUAUUGGUCUCAUGAUAGGAUUUUGGGACGAGACAUCUAGUCAUCUUGCCGCAUACAUUGCCGUCUUCUUGGUGGUGUGUAUUCUGACCAACUUCCUUGGAGUGAAAUACUACGGAGAGAUCGAGUUUUUCUUUGCCUGUCUCAAGAUCGCCCUGCUGGUAGGGCUGAUUAUUUUCGGCAUCGUUGCCAACACUGGUGGUGUCAAUGGAGUGUACACUGGUGGCAAGUACUGGCGCACCGAGCCCUUCAACGACACCUUUGGCGACCUUUCCCCUGUCAGCCUCGCCCGCUUCCUGGGCUUCUGGAAGGUCCUCACCCAGGCCGCUUUCGCCUAUGGCGGUGUCGAGUCGAUCGGUAUCAUCGCCGGUGAGGCGCACAACCCCCGCAAAACCAUGAAGACGGCCACCAAGACGGUCUUUUACCGCAUUGUCGGUCUGUACGUCACAGCCGUCAUCAUCAUCGGCGUCAACGUCAGCCAGCACUCCCCCGAGCUGCUGUCGGCCGUCGCCGCCGGUGGCAGCACCGCCGCCUCGUCCCCCUUCGUCGUCAUCUGCCAGCAGACGGGUGUCAAGGUGCUCCCCUCGGUCAUCAACGCCAUCGUCAUGACCUCGGCCCUGUCGUCUGGCAACGAGAACGCCUACGGUCUCUCUCGCACCAUGAUGGCCCUCGCCCGUCAGCGCUCCAUGCCGUCCGCCUUCCUCAAGACCAGCCGCGUCGGAACUCCUUACAUGGGCGUCAUCGUCGCCUUCUGCUUCGGCUGCCUGGCCUUCCUGUCCGUAUCCAACGGUUCCGACCAGGCUUUCACCUGGCUGUCCAACCUCUCGGCCCUCAGCUCACUCAUCGCCUGGACGUGCAUCUGCAUGUGCUAUGUCCGCUUCAAGGGUGCCCUGGACGCCCAGGGCGUUGACCGCAAAAACCUCCCUCUCCGUGGAUACUGCCAGCCCCUGAUGGCCUAUAUCUGCAUUUUCAUGUUCAUCAUCAUCCUGUUCUUCAACGGGUUCCAGGCGUUCCUGGGCAGCUUCAGCGUGGCGGACUUUUUCGCCAGCUACAUCACGAUUCCUGUUUUCGCCAUCGCCUGGCUUGGAUUCAGGCUGUACGGCGCGAGGGCUGGCAGGCCAGUCGGCAUGACGCCUCUGGACCAGAUUGACCUCAGCAGAGGACCUGAGGGGGCCCUGCGGGGGACCAAGUAUGAUCUGGGUGCGCCAGCCCAGAUGGGACGUUUCUAGAGGGAUAGAUUCUAGAAAGAGAAUAGAGAUGGGGAUUUGAGAUAGAUUAAUAUGAUACCACGAUACCUAUUG